AUGGGUGAAAUGGAUUCGGAUAGCGAUCCAGCAUUUACCGUCAUAUCGAAAACAAAACCGGGGUUUUUUAUAUGGCGUGUAGAGAAUUUCAAACUAGUCGCUGUGCCGCGAGAAGCGUACAGUAUCUUUUUCAAAGGUGAUACCUAUGUUAUCUAUCACGCUGAAGAAGUAAGAAAAUCUUCGAUUAAUAUUCAUAUUCAUUUUUGGAUUGGCGUUGAAUCAACUCAAGAUGAAGCGGGUGUGGCUGCUUAUAAGACCGUUGAACUAGACGAUUAUUUAUCGGGAAUAACUGUUCAACAUCGUGAAGUUCAGGGCAAUGAAUCUGAACAAUUUUUAUCGUAUUUUAAAUCACGUGGUGGUCUCACGUAUCGCAUAGGUGGAAUUAGCAAUGGUUUUAAUCGUUAUGAAAAAAGUGUAGUAUCGCGUUUAUAUCGUUUGAAAGGUCGACAUAAUGUUCGUCUAAAUGAAAUGGCAUCGAUCGAUUGGUCACAAAUGAAUCAUUCAGACAUAUUUUUAAUCGAUUUAUAUGAUGUUAUUUAUCUAUGGAAUGGAAAUAAAUCGAAUAAAUAUGAACGAUUACAAGCGAUACAACGUGCAAAACAAUUAAAAGAUGAACGAGCAAGUUUAAUAAAAAUAAAUAUUGUUAUUGUCGAAGAUGGUGAAGAAUCAAGAAUGAGCAAAGAUGAAUUAAAAUUAUUUGAAACAAAAUUACCAUUAAAAGAAAAAAAUCUAAAACUCGAUCAACAUGUCAAUAAUGGAAAUAGUGAACAAAAUGGAAAUGAGUAUGAAGCAGAUUUUAAAAUAGAACGAGCAGAUGCGGCACACAUCAAAUUGUACAGAUGUUCAGAUGAAAGUGGUACAUUGAAAGUGACCGAAAAGAAAGCAGGUCCAUUGGUCAAAAAUGAUUUAGAUACUGAAGACGCAUUUAUUGUUGAUAACGGACGGUAUGGCAUAUGGGUUUGGGUUGGAAAAAGAUCAAACCCAAAAGAACGACGAGAAGCAAUGAGAAAUGCAUUGGGCUUUUUACAAAAAAAAGGUUAUCCAAAGCAGACAAAAGUGACUCGAGUGAUUGAUGGUGGUGAACCAGUUGAGUUUAUUGCCUUGUUCAAAACAUGGUCGGAUCCAAAUCAACAGAAAGGUCUUGGAAAACUAAACACAGCAGGGCAAAUAGGUGAGUACAUUUUGGAGAAUAUUACUUCGUUUAACUAUAUCCGUAGAUACUUGUUUUUGUUUGCAAACAGUUUGUAGACAUUCAACCAGGAGAGUACGUAAUACAUUUGAGGGACGCAUUCCAAUUUGACGGUUUUUGUUUACGUGUGGCUAAACGAAUGCUUGCAUGUCCGUGAGAUUUAAAUCAGCUCAGGGGCUUUCAUCCUGUGAUAUUCUUGAGGCAAACUGUCUUAAACAAAAAUCUGAGUAAGUACAUUUUUAAAUUUUGAGAGAUUGUGCCUGGAAAAGAAUGAACCGGCGAUCAAAAGCUAGAGGUUCCAGCCGAAAAGAGGCAGAAAACAUGCAGGCCUACUCAAAAGAAUGAACAACAGGCUGUGUGAUCUAGAGAUCUCCAUGCGCACGAUUUUUCUGCGCGUCCAUGUUCGCAGACCUGUCUGGGAUGUUUGUCGGUGGCCGCCCGUGGACCAAAAAUCCGUAGUAAGGUAAAAAGAUCAGGUUUUCCGUGUCCAUGCAGAUCUCUAGUGUAAACACAUAGAAAGCGUUUUGAUGCAACAGAUGAGUUCGUCUUAUGAGAAAAAAUAUUUUUAAGGGUACAAUUUGCCACAAGCCUCUAAGGAGGGAUAUAAGCCCCUGAAUUAGUUAUGUUUGAUCUUUGCUCAUCAUUUUUACUAACAAAACAUCCAUUAGGGUACCCAGAUCAAAAAUUUUAAAAGUAGUACUUUACGUGCUAGAAAGUGGAACCUUUACGAAGCAAAAGUAGUCGACUGUUUGAAGUUGUAAAUGACUUUUUUCAUAAGUAAAGUAUCAUGAAAAGAAACCCAAACUUCCCCACCAUAGUAAAUUUCACAAAAAAAAUACGCAUACAGUUAUAGUAAAAUAAACGCUCUCAUAAGAAUACAGUCCUUACAAUUUCUACUAUAUAUAAGUAAACUGACUAGAGUUUCGACGCAAAGGCACGUACACUGUGUUGAUUAACUACGAUUGUAUGAAUUCUUGGCGAAAACCGGAGUAAAUUGUCAAAAACAUGUGUCCACGGUGAGAGAAAUAUACAGAUGGGAUUACUCACAAGAAGUGGGAUAAUCCCAUCGAGCAAUCCUGUCGCCCAUACAUUGCAAGCAGUGCUCUGAAGAUGUCUGAUACAGAUAAAGUGAAGACUAGGUAUGUUACAAACCCAAACCCAAGUCCAGACUUGGGUUUGGGUUUGGGUACCCAAGUCUGAGACUUGGGUUUGGGUUUGGGUACCCAAGUCUGAGACUUGGGUUUGGGUUUGGGUACCCAAGUCUCGGACUUGGGUUUGGGUAUUGGGUACCCAAGUCUGAGACUUGGGUUUGGGUAUUGGGUACCCAAGUCUGAGGCUUGGGUUUGGGUUUGGGUACCCAAGUCUCGGACUUGGGUUUGGGUAUUGGGUACCCAAGUCUGAGACUUAGGUUUGGGUAUUGGGUACCCAAGUCUGAGACUUGGGUUUGGGUAUUGGGUACCCAAGUCUGAGACUUGGGUUUGGAUAUUGAGUCAGACUUAGGUUAUUAAAAGACUCCUUUUAACUGAGAUACCUU